CGCGGCGGCGCGCCGCAGCGCCCCGCGCCCCCCGCGCCCGCGCCCGGCCCCGCGCAGGAGCGGCCAUGCCGCCGCGGCGCAGCAUCGUGGAGGUGAAGGUGCUGGACGUGCAGAAGCGGCGGGUGCCCAACAAGCAUUAUGUCUACAUCAUCCGGGUCACAUGGUCCAGCGGCUCCACAGAGGCCAUUUAUCGGCGCUACAGCAAAUUCUUUGAUCUCCAGAUGCAAAUGUUGGACAAAUUUCCCAUGGAAGGAGGGCAGAAGGACCCCAAACAGCGGAUCAUCCCCUUUCUCCCCGGCAAGAUUCUCUUCCGACGGAGCCACAUUCGGGACGUGGCCGUCAAACGCCUGAUACCAAUUGAUGAAUACUGUAAGGCCCUGAUCCAGCUGCCCCCCUACAUCUCUCAGUGUGAUGAGGUGCUGCAGUUCUUUGAAACAAGACCUGAGGACCUGAAUCCCCCCAAAGAGGAGCAUGUUGGGAAAAAGAAAUCUGGGGGUGACCUGACCGCAGUGGACCCCAUGGUCCUGGAGCAGUAUGUGGUGGUGGCAGACUACCAGAAGCAGGAGAGCUCAGAGAUCAGCCUCAGCGUGGGGCAAGUGGUGGACAUCAUCGAGAAGAACGAGUCAGGCUGGUGGUUCGUCAGCACCGCGGAAGAGCAAGGCUGGGUCCCCGCCACCUGCCUCGAAGGGCAGGACGGUGUGCAGGACGAGGUUUCCCUGCAGCCGGAAGAAGAGGAGAAGUACACAGUCAUUUACCCAUACACAGCUCGUGACCAAGAUGAAAUGAACCUGGAGAGAGGAGCCGUGGUGGAGGUCCUGCAGAAAAACCUGGAAGGCUGGUGGAAGAUCAGGUACCAGGGCAAAGAGGGCUGGGCCCCAGCCUCCUACCUAAAGAAGAGCAGCGGGGAGCCCUUACCCCCAAAGCUGGGCCUUGGCUCACCUGCCCACACGGGCGUCCUCGAGCUGGACGGCGUCUCCCGGCAGCAGAACUCAGUGGGCCGGGAGAAGGAGCUGCUCAACAACCAGAGGGACGGCCGGUUCGAAGGCCGCCCAGCACCCGAUGGUGACAUCAAGCAAAGAUCACCCAAGAUGAGGCAGAGACCCCCUCCUCGCCGGGAUAUGACCAUACCUCGAGGUCUCAACCUGCCCAAGCCUCCCAUCCCACCCCAAGUGGAGGAAGAGUAUUACACCAUUGCCGAAUUCCAGACGACCAUCCCUGAUGGCAUCAGCUUCCAGGCGGGCCUGAAGGUUGAGGUGAUCGAGAAGAACUUGAGCGGCUGGUGGUACAUUCAGAUUGAAGAUAAGGAGGGAUGGGCCCCAGCGACCUUCAUUGACAAGUAUAAGAAGACCAGCAAUGCCUCGAGACCCAACUUUCUGGCUCCCUUGCCCAACGAGGUGACGCCGCUCCGGCUGGGGGAUGCAGCAGCGAUGGAGAACAACACGGGCAGUGAGGCCGUCGGCCCCUCCCGGCCCUUGCCCGAUGCACCACAUGGGGCUGUGGACUCUGGGAUGCCGUGGUCCAAAGACUGGAAGGGUGGGAAGGAGGUCCUGAGGAAGGCAUCUUCAGACAUGUCCUCAUGCGCAGGCUACGAGGAGAUCUCGGACCCCGACCUGGAGGAGAAGCCCAGCCUCCCUCCCCGGAAAGAAUCCAUCAUCAAGUCGGAAGGGGAGCUGCAGGAGCGGGAGCGGCAGAGGAUGGAGCAGCUCAGGGGUUCUUCGCCCAAGCCUCCUGGCAUGAUCUUGCCCAUGAUCCCGGCCAAACACACGCCCCCAGCCCGGGACAGCCGGAGACCAGAGCCCAAACCUGACAAGAGCAAGUUGUUCCAGCUGAAAAAUGAAAUGGGGCUGGAGUGUGGCCACAAAGUAUUGGCCAAGGAAGUGAAGAAACCCAACCUCCGACCUGUCUCCAAAUCCAAAGCUGACCCACCGGAGGAGAAGCCAGAAGCCAUUCCCCAGAAUCCCUUCUUGAAGUCCAAACCUCAGGUUAGGCCAAAACCAGCUCCUUCCCCCAGGACAGAGCCACCUCAGGGCGAAGACCAAGUAGACAUCUGUAAUCUCAGGAGCAAGCUCAGGCCUGCCAAGUCCCAAGAGAAACCCUCGCUGGACGGGGAGAGUGGCCACCAGGCUGGGGGAGGCCAGGACGUGGCCUUCAGCCGUGGCUUCCUCCCAGGGGAGGGGCCUGGCCGCACCCAGGACAGGACGAGCAAACAGGAUGGGCUCAGCCCAAAGGAGACAUCCUGCAGAGCCCCUCCAAAGCCAGCCAAGAUCGCAGAUCCCGUACCUAAGAGCGUACCGGUCCCUCUCCAAGAGGCUUCCCAGCAGAGACCUGUGGUCCCGCCUCGGAGACCACCCCCCCCCAGGAAAACCUCCUCGUCGUCCAGACCCCUUCCAGAGGUCAGAGGGCCCCUUCCGGAGGUCAGAGGGCCCCAGCGGGAGGCCAACGAAGGCAAGGCAGCCCCUGCCCCAGGCCGGGCCCUGCUUGUCCCCCCAAAAGCCAAACCUUUUCUCUCCAACUCCUCAGGGGGCCAGGAUGACACGCGAGGCAAAGGUGGGCUGGGGCCACGGAUGAUGGGCAAGAUGGGAGAAAACAAGGAGAAAGUGUCUGCAGCCCCCUUCCCCAACGCAGACGGCCCGAAGGACUUAUAUGUGGCCGUGGCCAACUUUGAAGGAGACGAUGAUACCAGCAGCUUCCAGGAGGGGACGGUGUUCGAGGUCCGGGAAAAGAACAGCAGCGGCUGGUGGUUCUGCCAGGUCCAGAGCGGGGCUCCCUCCUGGGAAGGAUGGAUUCCUUCCAAUUAUCUCAGAAAGAAGCCCUAGCGUCCUCCCUUCCUGCCUGGAGGCCCUGCACGUCCCUGCCGGCUUUACCUACAUAUUUAAUAUGCCUCUUAAUUUAUCAUCUGCAGCUUGGAAGGAAGGAAGACUGGAAUACUGUGGUUUCUUCCCUUCUCUGGGUGGAGAGCGAUCCCUCCCAUCACAGCAUUUCCUGGAGUCUCAGAGGCCACACCCCUUUCUCUCUACUCAGCAUCCCUGCCUUAAGGCCAGUGGCAUCGCCACCCAGCUUCCCUGCCCACCCAACAGCUGGAUCAUGACUCUGAGGCCUCUCGGACAGAAUCCGUCAUCUGGAGAAACUACAGGAGGGUCUCCUGUUGCAGGGGUCAGGCAGCGUGUGGGGAGCCCCCCACCGCCCAGCCCCCUACCCAGUUCAUUCCCGUCCAGCAACUUGAUCCACUCAGUUUCCAGAAUGCCUGGUCCCGGAAAGAACUUCAUCCUGUACAAGUUGGCUCUGUUGCCAGGUCCAGGGAGGUGUCGUCUUCCCUGAGGCCUCAGGUCCACGGGCCUCUCAGGUUCAAGCAGAUGCAGCUGCCCCAGGAGUGGGCCGCCCUGCCUCCCUUCGGUGCUGGGACCCUGAUCAGUUCUAAAGGAGUGCUCCCAGCUCCAAGCAUGCUUCACUUUUCUGCUGUAGGCUCUGGUCCAACCCAGGGCUUUUAAACAAGAAUCCCCAGCCCGCUUUGGGAGGCCUUUGACUUCUGCCUGCCUAGAGCAGGAAUCUCAGCAUUUGUUUGAGUAAGGGGACCGUUCACAAGCCACACCCCUUGGGAGCUCCUCUUUGCUGAGCACGUAGUAGGUGCCAAACGCUGUACUUGGCACUUCUCAUCUGUGUUGAACCCUCACAACAGCCGUCUUUGAUACUAUUGUACCUGUUUUAUCGAUGAGGAGCCUUGGGUUCCGUGUGCCCCAGGGCCCACUCACUGAGAAGGGGUGGCAUGGGGAUUUGAAUCCAAGCUGGCCUGACUUCCAUGCCUGUGCGCUGCCCCCUGUAAGAGGCAAACCCGGCAGGGGAGAGGGAGAUGCCGGCUGGCUGCCCUGGGGUGUGCCUGGUGGGGCCUCAUGGCCGCUCCCACGCCCCCCACCCCUCCAACCCACUGUAGCAUCCACUGAAGGCUGCCCAGGGCCCUGGUGUCGCCACCAAGCUCUGUUUCCUGCUCCUAUGCUGGUGCCCCCCUGAGGGCUAGAGCUUAUGGAGCAAAGGGAGCCAAGGUGGUCUCACACGCCAACCUCGAGGGGUCCUGGUGCUCAAGGGCCAGCGGCUGGAUCUGCAGCAAACUGAGCAGAGUGGGCGGUGGCCCCAUAAGGAGAUGGGGACCCAGGGUCCAGGCAGAACCUCCUGUCUCUCUCUGCUGCUGCUUCCUCUCUUCUCUGGCACUCGAAGAGUAGUUUUUCUUUUUUUUCUUUUUUCCAUGCACUCUCCCUCUCUCUGGUCUCACUGGAAGGAACCCAGGGCAGCCCUUGCACCCAUUUUGACUGACGUGGUUCACUGUAGAGGCAAAGCUGCAUUGCCCAGCGAGAAUCAGGACCCUGGGUUUCUGGCUCCCAGCUCAGAGCUCUUGCCUGGGGCCCAGGCUGCCUUGGGGGUUGAGAAUGCAGCACCCCUCCCCCCCAUCCCACCCUACUCUGUAGGACAAGAGGAAGUGACCCUGUCCUGCCCCAGAGAUCGCUGAUGCACGGUAGUCAUUUGCUGCCUUCUUUUUUGGACCCACAAGGCCAGCCUUCCCGGGGAUGCUCGCCAUACACCUGCAGUGCCAAAGAUUUAUGUGCAAACAGCCCUCUUCCGUGUUCCCGCCCCAGCCCCCAGUCCUCCUCACUGCCGCACGGGCUCUGGAUGCUGCUCCUCAGUCCACGGUCGCAUCUUUAUUCCUUCCUUCAGUAGGUCUGUAAGUACCACGCCCCGAGAAUCUUGGGACAGGGCCAUGAGGUGCCCUGCAGUGCCCGCUUGCCCCUGGCCCUGUGCCCAGAACCUUGGAGGGAAGAUGGUAGCCGGGGCAAAAGGGAGAAUGGAAGAGGGCCACCCACCCUCCAAGGUCCCCUCACUCGGGAGGAGGCCCCAUAGGACAUUUUCCUGAGUUUUUGACCCACUUUGGUUUAAACACCAUUUGUGAAGCUAUUAUGCAGGAUUUGACUACAUUUCAAAAGACAGAACGCUAAGGGUUUUUUUUUCUGAUUCUCUCUGAGCUUUCGUUGACCUUUGCUCGUAUUUUGUGAGCGCCUACUAUGUGCUAGGCGUUGGGUGUAGACCAGGCUGCAGGGUGGCUCCCUGCCUGGCUGUGAAGAGCUUUGAUUUUUGUGUGCAGAUUCCACUGAAGGGGUUUGUCUUUGGCCUCAUUCCCUCCUCCCAGGGGUCAGCUGGGUGGGAACGGGCUGGUUCCACCUUUCUCUGGGUGGAAAGUUUUCCUGCACAUGAAAGCGUUAGCCUUUUUAAUAUUAUUAUUAUUAUUAUUCUGACGCGAACUGAAGGUACUAAAGCCACAUUUCUCUCUGUUCACCAUUCUUUCCUGAGGACACAUCUGUGGCCUGAGGACUCCUGUCUCCAGCUCCUCUUGCCACAGUGAUGGCACUUCCCCAGGCAGCUGCAAGGGACAGUCUUGAUGGCUGGUGGCUCUCCCUAGCUGUCCUCGCCUAGGGACUUAGGUUUACACCAUCCAGGACUGUAGCCACCAUUCUGUGAGCAUUUGACGGAGCAAAUGCAAAACCCCCUGGAGUCACCACUCUGGUGAAUAUCCAGGACCGUAGGAAUAACUCCUGUGCCAAGCUCCGGGCAGGUUACCGGUGCCUAAACACUCUCCCUCCUUAACUUCAUCCUCACUUCAACCCUGCGAGGUGCAUAGGAUCAACUCCAAUCUGUAGUGAGAACAUUGAGAUUCAGAGGAUGAAGUCAAGUGCCCAGCGUCAUCCAGACAGUGACCAAGCUGAGACUUGCAUCCAGGGGUUUUUCUCUCCAGUGCCCAUGACUUUUCCUCUGCCAUCAGCAAUGAAAUGUUCAUGGUGCUUCCAGGGAAGCAGGUGACCCUCCCUCUUAAUUUAGGUUUUUACUCCCCUGACCCCACAAUCACACGUCAGUAGGCCAAAUGCCGGCCCAAAAAGGCAGGCAAGGGUGGGUUUUAGUCCUUUCCUCACCCCUGCAGAUUUCUUUGGGGUGGCUAUUUUAUCUUACACCCUAGGGCAAAACUACAGCUCAUGGUAGCGCCAAAUCUUUGGGAAAAUCUGAGUUUUAGGAUCACCUCUUGAUAAAAUGGGCCUUCGCUCGAGUUUUUUCCUCUGACUUUCUUUGCCACUUGGUGGGUUUAUGUCCUCGUCCCAGGAUGAGACUUGGGGAGAGCUGCGCUGAGCUCCAACCACUUUUAAUGCCAUGCCCUGCCGGGGCUUUGCUAGGGCCCUGCCAGGCUUCCACUAGUCCUGUUACGCUUCCUCCACAAAGCCUCUCCAUGUGAUUGAUUGCUUAGGCAAAGUUCUUGGCCUUAAAACAUUUCCAGGCCCACUGGGGAUUUCCUUACCAUGUAGGAAAACAAAUUUGCCACAUUCAAGGACAAAUGCCAAAUCUCCCCAAGGUUUGGGAGGCCCUAUACUUAGGCUGAGGGACGGACAGUCUAGUGUUUAUUCAGUCUGUGCUGCACGCACAGCACUGAGUGCGAUGAAGACAAAAUCGCUCCUGCCCUCAAAUAGCUGGCAGCUCAGCAUCAUCAGGGACAAGAGCCUUCGUGGCCUGACUCGCAUCCUUUCACUGCUUACGAGUCUCUCAGUGUCGGGUCAGGCUGCUCCCUGAGAGGUCUUGCCCUUCACUUUGGGCUGUGACCAUGGACACGUAGCAGCCAGAGUCGCGCAUGGCAGUCUUGUCCCCUCCUUGGUUGUCAGGGUCCUCCUUCAGGGCUUUUGCUGCAAACAGCCAUACCAGACCGUAGACCAAAGAUUCCCUGUUGUCACACCGUGCGGCCUGAAUGUGUGGGAAACUGGCUUGCAUUGAGGCCUGAGGGUGCGGUGAGCCCUCCCUUAGCCUGGAGGAAUUGCUCCUAACUUGGCUAGGGUACUAACCCCUAGAUGGACCUCAGCCGAAGGAGGUCACAGGCACAGCUGUGGAGUUGCAGAGCUAAAACCAGGAGGCUCCAGAGUCUUUGUCUGCUCGUGGACCACCUGCUGAGGACUCUGCCCACAGACAUGAUCAUCCAGCCCCGUGGGGUGGGUAAUGUCUGCUUUUGGUGCUACCUUGCCGAGUUUUCAAGCCGCUCAUUGUGUUUCAGCAUCCCACCUUCUCUCCUGUUUUUAUCCUCUACUCCAAAGUAGGCCUUCUUGGCUCCAAUCAGGAACAAGGGACUCAAUUUCUGUUGUCCUUGAAGAGGCCAAACCCAGUGCCACAGCCAAUAGCCUUCACUUUCAGGUCUUCUAUCAACAUACAAAAGGAGGUGCCCCCACCAGGCUUAUUACAGCAAUAAGCAAUCCUAACACAACCAAGGUGUCCGUAUCUUACCCCGGUGUCUGCCUGUCUGUGCCAUUGUGCCCACGUAAUUGUUAAUAACACCCCUUUCACCCCCAGGGGGUGAGGACAAAUUGGUCACCUUGGCUACAACCCACAUUUCCUGCUUCAUGGAGCCACCAAGUAACCAGGCCAUUUCUUGCAUCCCUCCAGGAACGGUGGGCUCUGACAGCAUUGCCCCACCACCUUGUGUCUGCUCACAGAAUGAUGCUGGAGAUCUCUGGACAUCUCAGCACUCCUCACACCUUGGGCAAGCUGACACAUUCUGGUGGUGGUCUUUGUUUCCUUUAACACACACACAAAAUACAUGAGGCUAUAUCAUGUCGGGGGGAGGGGUGAUGAUAAACAGUGAAUUAGCUGUAGCAUGUAUAGACUACAUACUUUACCAUUAGACUUCUUUUCAUUUUUUUUUAAUAAAAAGUGCUUGACUGGUUUCAAGCUUCAUUGUGAA